CAACUAUCAAACUUUUUGAACACCUUGAUAAUCAACCUAUUAAUAAUUUACCUGAUAAUACUGUUCACGACCUUAUUUUUGGUUUUCAAUAUCUAGCGAAUCCACCAAGAUCUGAAGGUGAAGAUUUAAUGAACCUUGGAGAGGAGUCUGAUAAAGACACUGUAACUGAAGUUCUAAAUAAUGAUUCAACCUUUAAAAGUUUUGAAAAUAAUAUGGCUAAAAACCCUUCAAAUCAAGCUAGAGCUCUUAAUAAUCUUGCUGAUCAGGAUAUAGAAAAAGCUUUUACAGCCAAUCAAGUUACUGAUGCUAGAAAAUUACAUGUUAUUAUCUCUUAUUUGAAAGGCCCUGUAGCAAAAGUCGUAGAAGAAGGAGAAGAAUCUGAAAAAAAUAGUGAGAGUAGUAAAGAUGAGUUUGAGGAAGAGGAACUUGAUGAUUACAUGUUUAAUUUUUUAACCUUUAGUAAAAAUAAAAAUGAUCAAUAUCGAAUGGUUAAAAAUCUUGAAAAUUCAUUAGAUAGUAAAUUUAAUAAUCUCUGCGAACUUUACAAAGAAUUAGAAACUUAUUUAAAUAAUUUUAAUUAUUUGAUAACAUGCCCCUCUAUUAUUAAUAGUAGCUCCUCUUGCUCUAAAAUUUAUACUAAUCAAUUAAUUGAGACUUAUGAAGUUAUAACAGACUUACUUGAAUUUUAUUUUGAAGAUAGUAAUAGGGAAUGUACUUCACGGUCUUUUAAUAUAGGUGAAAUUAGUAUUUCCAACAA